UGCGUACAGUGCCUGACCAUCCGCGGGCAGUCCGUCUCCGAUGCCGAGGAACAAAGCGACUGCACACUACAAAAGGGGGCACAAAUCUGUCUCGGAGGCGAGAUCUGGCCCUGACCACCAGCAAAACUGCUCGUCUCUUCCUAGCCUUUUUUCCCUUUCGCACCCUUUCAAACGAUGUUCACCCUCAUACGAACCCUCGCCAUCUUGACGUUUCCCUUAGCAGCAAUCGUCAGCGCUGCACCCAAGCCUCAGGCGUGGUCGAGCUCGCGCGCCGAGGUAGCAAAGACUUUGCGGGAUCACAUCGAUUCAGCGUUGGGUGGGGAGCUGAGCGACCUGCAAGCGAUUUGGCUCGGCCAGCUUCAAAAGAAACAGCCCUUUACGCCGUACGCGUCCGACGCACUCACGAACACACUGCAAAAGAUUCCAGACGAGCUCGGCGAGAAUAGCUGGUUCACCUUCAACGCAGCCACGGCUAUGAAAGUGCUGAACGAUUGGGACACGACGGGUUAUCAGACCUUUGCCAUCGAGAUGACCAAGCAGAGCUUACUGGCCAGCGCCCGCGAGGCGAAGGUGUCGACGACGGUGCACGAUGCCGUGGAAAAUAUCCGAAAGAGCUGGGCUGGGGCUUGCAAUGCUCUAGGCACGCUAGUGUGGGUAGACCCACGUCUGCUUUCACUGUGAUCUGCGACUGAUCCUGCUCGCACACCUGCCAUACCUUAUAUUCAGCGAUCCUUUUGCCCCCGUCACCACAUCUUUCAUCAACAGCUGCGUAGAGCUGAGUGAAGCGCUCAAGGGAGUGAGCAGCGCCUAUGCUCGACCCUAGCGCCUGGUGGGACGUGUCUCGGGACGACAUCACACACUCGACAGUCGAUCGUUGCAAAAUA